AAGAAGGGUAACAACAAUGUCAAGGCGAGAGAGCAGAGAUUCAGACUCUAAAAGAGAUCGUUCUAGAUUCGAUCGCGAAUCCAGCCCUAAAAGGUCUAGGAGAGAUGGAAAACCUGAAGCAGAAGGAGUUCUUAGUACUGAGACAGAUAAGAAGCCACGUCAGUCCCUGAGAGAUGCUGCCCCACUGGAAUCUGAUACUCAGAGAUUGAGAAAAGACGAUGAAAAGAAGCACUCUGAGAUGACCAAACAAGCUCCCCACCUCUCAGAAGGACGUCCUCGUUCUAGACCAUAUGAUCAGCAUGAUGAUCGUCGUACUACUGGGAGAGAUGACAGAAGACCCAUUUCUGAGAGAGGAUCCUGGAGAGGUUCAAGAGAUCAGAGCAAUCGAAGAGCUGGAGAUGAUCGUAGAGACGAAGACAAAAGCACUUGGCGACACGACAGGUUCCAUGAGAGUGACGACACCAAAGGAGGAACACUUUCUAGGAAACGGCCUGCCUUCAGGGAGAAGAAGAUUCCUCUUCCAGAGGAAUCUAGGAACGACGCAGACAGAACAAGAACUGAGGAGGCAAAAGACACGAAUCUAAACAGUCGCAGACAGAAUGAGAGAAACUGGAGGAGCAACAAUGAGAGACCAGCAACGGGAAGAGACAGGGUGUGGAACAGAGAUGAUGGAAGCAGACAGAGUUAUCGAACUGAUAGAGAGGGAUUAAACAGAAACGGUGGACGAAGUGGGUUUCAGGGAAGCUGGACAAAGGCUGAGAAGAAAUGGGACCAUGACUUGUACGAGGAAGCGAACAAGAGUCCUGCUAAGGCCAACGAGGAAGAACAGAUUGCAAAGGUCGAAGCUUUGUUAUCUUCUUAAAGCUCCAUUGUGUUAUGUCUCUUGGUGUGGAUUUGCAUGUCUUAGUUUGCUAAUGUAGAAGACAAUCUUCGAGUUUAUAUAAUGAAAACUCUGUUUUAUCUUUCCAGCAAAUCCUCACUGGUGUUAACACUCUGCAAACCGGUUCCUUAGAAGUAAGACUGAUUCAAGAAUCUCUCACCAAACAAAUCUUUUUUUUUUACUAUUUUUAUCCAUCUUAUAUUGUUUUUCUGUCUAUUUAUUUCCAGAAACUAUAUGUUUAUAUACUUGAUAUCCAGAAUACAAAUCUCCCUGAAUCUCAGAACGAAGAAACAGAAACGAUAUGCAAAAAGAAACAGAGAAAAAAAAAGGUAUUAUUAUCAGCAAAGAGCUCGUUGGCCAGGACGAUCAGCAACCUUCAAGGUCUUAUUGAUGAGAUCUCUGGUCUUCUUACGACGGAUCUCGACCCUGACGCUGCUGCUUUUAUCCAUUUUUAUGUAUGGUUUAUUCUUCUUCUUCCUCCUCAGCGAACUCACCUUUGACUUUAUUGUCUCCACCAAGCUCUCCAAGUGUAACCCCAUCAUCACUACUUCUUCUUGAUUUUCUCUUUUUUUUCACAAGGACUGGAGAUUUUGUAGCUGCAGGCUCCUCAAGACAUAUCCCUGCGUUUGUGUGUUUGAUGUUUUUAGUGUAAAAACGAACGUUACGCUACUACUUG